ACUGCCAAAUCAUCCGGUACAAACUUUAUUUCCCAAACAAUCUUCAUCACGUUUAGCUAUAUAUAUAAAUCUAUAAACAAAAUAGAACAAAAACUCAUCAAUUCCACCGCACAAUUCUCACUUGUAAUGGCAUACGGUAGAAGCAGAGCCUCCUCUGUUUUUGACGGUUUCACUCUCAACCCCGUUCCAUAUCCCGUUUUACUAAUCUUAGCACUGAUCCUCUUGUUCCUAGCGAUUUCAUGGUAUUUCUCCUAUGAAGAAGUGGUUGAAGCUGCAGAAGAACAACUGGGGUGGAUGCUGUUAGCCACACCGCUGCUGCUAAUACUCAUGGUUCGUUGGUUAUCGUCUGUGGAUACUUCAGAAUGGUUCUUUUUCAACUCCUCGCCAUGGGAGAGAAGAAGGACCACGCACAACUUUCCAUCAGAGGGUACCUCUCCUUGGGGUGUUGCCGCUUUCAUCCUCCUGGUUCUCGUGCUUCUGCACUAUCAGUCCUCUUUUCUUGAUUCCUGUUGAAGGUUGCGGCAGUAGUAGAAUAUGAAACGAUGAAGAAUAUUAGGAGGAGAGGUAACAAGAAGAGGAAUAACUGAAAGCUG